UCCCUCACGAGAAUCCUCUUCACCACCAUCAACACUAUUCUGAGUGCAGGCAUAACCCACAUCACUCCUUUCCACAACUUCAUCACUUGCGCAAGCUCGCUAUCACUGUCCUUAUAUAUUUACUUUCUUGUCUCUCCUUGACAAAACACACGAUUAUCGACUUAAUCGACUUUACCAGUACAUACACCUAUCUUUAGUCAAGAUGUACUCCAUCACCAAGGUUGUCAUUGCUCUGGGCGCUCUCAUUGCCCCGUCUAUCGCCUUCUCCGGCGACAUGACCUACUACACUCCCGGUCUCGGCUCUUGCGGCGAGACUAACAGUGAGGGUGACGCUGUCGUCGCCCUGUCUUCCAGCCAGACUGGUCACUGCAACAAGAACAUCAACAUUCAUUACAACGGCCAGACCGCCUCCGCCAAGGUCGUCGACACAUGUCCCGGCUGCGGUGGCGACGGCAUUGACGUCUCCCCUACUGUCUUCAAGGAACUCGCCAACCUAGACCAGGGCCGCGUCUCCGUCACCUGGGAGUUCGCUUAAGUCUAUCAUUUGAGAAAUGACCCG